AUCAAUGAUGCUCAACGCCAGCAAGAUCUUCACAUCAAAUGGCGCAUAUCUCGUUGCAAACGUCGCUAUUGCUGAUCUUCUAACUGGCCUUAAUUCCUCCGUCUGGGGAAUGAAAAGAUCAUUUUUGCUUCCUAGAUCUGGUCAGAAUGCAUCUUUCUCAAUACUUUGGACAAGUAUUCAAGCUUCAUUCCUCACUAUCUUCAUCAUGAGUUUAGAAAGAUAUAUUGCAAUAAUUUACCCGUUCAAAGCAAAUAUUUUCCUAAGUAAAACCAGAACAAUACUCGGUUGUAUCGUGGCUUGGGUGUUAUCUGGAGUCAGUGGAAUUUGUAUGGCUUAUUAUAAAGAGAAAACCCAACUAUUCAUUGCAUUGUUCUUUGAAAUAACAAUCUUAGUCACAUGUUUCCUAUACUGCAAAAUCUUCAUUAAACUGGGGGAGCGUCGUGAUUGUCUGCCUUUGCAAUUAAGCGGUAACCAAGGCAACAGCGACUUAAAACGAGAGUAUCAAUUAACGACAGUCGUUGCUGCGCUAACAGUGAUUCUUAUAGUGACAGUGUUACCAUACAUGAUAGCAGGACAGAUUAGUAUUAGCACAAAAGAUAACCCACAUCUUAAACUGUUUCUGCAUUACUUCUUUCCAGUUGAACUGAUGAAUUUUGUAGUAAAUCCGAUUGUUUACGCUCUUCGUUUACCGAAAUAUCGUCUUGCAAUUUUUCAAACACUACGAGGAUGCAGAAAUGAUAACAGAAAUUAAUAAACAGAAACUUUAUUGCUGGGACCGUCGUUUGUGACAACUCUCGAUCAUAGCACACAAAUGAAAAACCAACAACAUAAAAAUUAACGAACGUACAUUAUUGAAGAAUUAUUUCAUUACUAUAACCUUGACCCUGAAUACCUUACAUUUCAUUGUAACUAUUAUUAGCCUUGGAGCAAUGUCAUGAACGCCAGGACCAGUUUAGAAGCACAAAUGGUAAAAGGUUUAGUUCGUCUUAACGGGGUCGGGGGUUACAUAACGGUUUAAAAGAAUGUGUUGAACAUUAACCAUGCAUGCAGAUAUAUAAUAGGACGUUAUAACUGCCUCUUCAAUGCAUCUUUUCUAUCAAUCAGCUUCGAUGGCAAAAACGUGCAAAUCAAUAAUAUUCAUUACUACAACUGUCGCUUAGAGCUUAAACAGACUAAUGUGAUAAAAUUUUCUCUCAAAUUAAGAGGUGUUGAAGAUACCUGAAUGAGUGCAUAUUAAAGGACAAUAGGAAACCAGUGAUUAUAAGUUGGUGAUCGGCAUUUCAACCAUUCGUUACGCAUAACGAAGGUCCAUCAUUACUUCAGGAAA